CAUUUGCUCACGCUCAAAAACCCUCGGAGCCCUUGGCCGUCAUUCUCUACAACGCAGAUCGGAGUCAUCUUCGGUCAGUGCCAAACAUCAUGGAUGCGCUUGAGGACAAUUUUACUGACAAUAAUGUUUCUGGGGCACUGGAGAACUCUGAAAACCAAAAACAAGAAGUUGAGGAAAAUGCAGUAGCUGGAGCACCUGAAAAGAGAUGGCCUGGUUGGCCUGGUGAGAGUGUUUUUCGCAUAUUAGUUCCUGCCCAUAAGGUUGGCGGCAUCAUUGGGCGAAAAGGGGAAUGUAUCAAGAAAAUGUGCGAGGAAUCAAAAGCUCGUAUUAAGAUACUUGAUGGACCUCCCGGAGUUCCAGAAAGAGUGGUAAUGAUUUCAGCAAAGGAAGAGCCGGAUUUGUCAAUUUCUCCUGCCAUGGAUGGUCUUCUGAAGGUUCAUAAACGAUUAGUAGAUGGCUUGGAUGGGGACCCAACGGGCCUACCUAAUUCUGGUAAUACUGUGCUGACAAGAUUGUUGGUGGCAGCAACACAAGCUGGAUUCCUCAUUGGAAAACAAGGAUCAACCAUAAAAUCUAUCCAAGAAACUUGCAACUCUGUUGUUCGUGUUGUUGAGGAUCUGCCUCCUGUUGCUUUGCCUGAUGACAGAGUUGUUGAAAUACAAGGAGAACCCAUAUCCGUGCAUAGGGCAUUGGAGGUGGUAUCGAAUCAUCUAAGGAAGUUUUUGGUCGACCGUGGCGUGCUUCCAUUAUUUGAGAUCCAUACCUCCAUUCAGAAUCUGCAUAUGGAGCACAACAUGCCUCCACCUCAACCCUGGGGCCAUCCUCAAGGCCUUUCAAAUGCUGGUCCGGGCUAUGGUGCCAAUCCUCAAUACAUGCCUUCUCGUCCUCUCGACAAUUAUUACCAUCCACCUGACCUCGCUCCAUUGGAAAAACAACCUCACCAUGGUAUAUCUACAUACGGACGUGAUGCGCCAUCCAUCAGCAUUCAUUCGGCAACUAAUCAACCUGCAGCAAUGGUUGCUCAGGUUACCCAGCAUAUGCAAAUUCCCCUUUCCUAUGCUGAUGCUGUAAUAGGGGCCGCCGGAACUAAUAUCAGCUAUAUUCGACGGGCCAGUGGAGCUACUGUUACUAUACAGGAAACUAGGGGUGUACCAGGAGAAAUGACCGUUGAGAUUAUUGGAAGUGCUACACAAGUUCAGACUGCUCAGCAACUGAUACAGAAUUUCAUGGCGGCCGCCGCCCCUCCUGCUGCUGCUGCUGCUGCUGCGGCGCCGACGGUUAUGGGUCAAGCAGCAGAUCAGGGAUACGGCUCGUACCAACACGGCCAUCUUUAUUCGUCUCCGGCAGCUAAUGCGGGGCUUGCUGCUCAUGCUGCAGGAGGAUAUGGUUCUACUUAUGGUUCUACUUAUGGGUAUUGAGUUUAGGCAAUAUGAGAUGGGGUCAGCACUGUUUUAAAAUGAUUUAAGAACCUUUUAGCGAACAAUAUGAUUAAUCUGUGUAUGAAAGGAUUUAGAUGAAUGUGCCUGCCGGUGCUGGGCAUAAUUCGAAUCUGAAUAGUUUUGUUUAGUUCGUUUUUGUGUUGUAAUGCCUGUCUACCCUUAUGAUUCGCUUUCUCUAAUACAUGCAUCUGUACCAGUACUAAUUU